GCAAUAUACUCCAGCGAACCAGCCUCUUUGUUCAAGCAUGGGUAUCCUGUAAAAAAGGUUCUACAGCUGCGCGCCAAGGCCAUGGAGGAAGGUGUGAAGAUCUGGUGAGAUAUCGAUGGCCCCGCGAAUCCUGACGAGACGCCAGUUAUCCCCAGCCUCGUCCGCCAGCUUUUCCCGGAACCUCCAUCUCUAACGAAGCCCAUUCUUUCCGCUCUCAAUGGCAAGCCCGUACGCAGUCGACCCGCAGCCGUUUGCUAGCAAAGUGAUUGCCGUCACCGGAGCCAGUCGUGGUGUCGGGCUGGCAUUGUGCAAGUAUCUGCUAGCUAGAGGAGCGACGGUUUCCGGGUGUGCUACUUCCGCCGAAAACCUGGCCAAUGCAGUGGAAGAGAUCGAGAGAGAGUUUCCAGAAGCCAAGGGCCGAUAUUGGACUUGUGUCGCCGAUAUCUCCAAAUUGGACAACGUCAAGGCGUGGAUCGAACAGACGGUAGCGAGAUUCGGGAAUCUGGACGGGUGUGCCAAUGUAGCAGGCAUGGUGCAGCGGGAUAUUUUCCCAAUCACAGACCUGGAUCCCGGAACCUUCGUCAAACUCCUCAACGUUAACGUCGUGGGCACCUCCAACUGCCUGAAGGAAGAGAUGAAGGUCAUUAAAGACGGAGGCUCCAUCGUGAACGUUGGGAGUGUCGCAAGCAGCUACGCUAGCGCAGGAGCCGCCGGAUACAUCUCCUCAAAGCAUGCGCUAAUCGGCCUGACCAAGGUUGCUGCUUUCGAAGGCGCACCGAGGCGCGUCCGCGUGAACGCACUCUGUCCGGGCUUAAUCAACACGGAUAUGAUGGCGGGGGCAUACCAUUCUCCAGCCGGGGAGUUUUACUUGUCUGCGCAGACGAUGCCACGCAUUCUCAAGCGCAAUAUGGCGGAACCGUGGGAGAUCGCAGCUUCUAUUGCGUUCUUGCUUGGCGACGAAAGCAGCUACGUUACGAAGGCGACUUGGUUCCACGAUGGCGGCUGGACCGAAGGUAGCGUCCCUUGGAUGUGAGAUGCGGAUUCGGGGGCCUUCUUCGGGUGUAUAGCGUCUCCUAAGGAAACUGCAUGCCCUCCCACGUCCGAAGAAACGGUGGUGUUGUGAGUGCUCGCACGUAGCCGGUCUCUUGAAGUCCUUCCACCAGGCGUGGAAGCAAGCCGUCGGUAGAAUUUUCGCGCGAGAGCCAGGCUCCCGCCAGAAUACAAAGUGGAG